CUUUCCAGUUCUCUCGAGUUUCAUUCAAACGACAAAUAACACAGCAUGGCCUUUCUAGCACGUGCAGGGAUGCUGAGCGGGCUGAGGGCGGCUGAGAGGUUGCAGCUGGCGAGGGCCAUCGCCACCGCCUCGAAGGCCACCAAGGUCGGCGUCGUGGGCUGCGGCAACGUGGGCAACGCCGUGGCCAACAACCUCAGUCGGAAGGGCUUCACCGUCGCCGCGGCCUUCGACACGGACGAGUCGCGGGCGGGAGCCAUGCCCUCGGGCGUCGCCGUCGCCAGAUCGCCCAGGGAAGUGGUGGAGAUGUGUGACGUCAUCGUUACAGGACUGCCGCGCCCUCCCAACGUCAAAGCCGCUGCCGAAGGACCCGACGGCAUCCUGGCGGGGCUGAGCAAGGACAAAGUGUGGAUCGACCAUUCCACCACCGACUAUGAACAGACGCUGGCGUUCGGGGAAGAGGCAGCGAAGAGGGGCGGCCACGUCCUGGAGGCUCCGAUCACGGGCGGCUUGGAGGCCCUCAAGAAAGGCCAGAUGGUUGUCCACGUCGGCGGAGACAAGCAGGUGGCCGACGCAAUGAGGCCUAUUCUUGACGCGUCUUAUAACGAAGUCUUCUAUGUUGGCGAGAUCGGUUCCGCCAUGAUGGUGAAGGUGGUGUCCAACAUGCUUGCCUGCGUCCACAUCAUUGCCAUGGGCGAAGUCCUCAUGCUGGCCAAACGGUCCGGCCUCAACCUGAAGACCUUCUGGGACGCCAUUCGGGUGAGCGCCGGCAACAGCUUCGUGUGGGAGACGGGCGCCCCGCUCAUCUUCAACGGCCAGUAUGACCCGGGCUUCACGAUGGCGCUGCAGAACAAGGACCUCCAGCUCGGAUACGACAUGGCGAGGAAGUUCGAGGUGCCGAUGGACAUGCACCAGCUGGCUCUGAGCAUCUACCGGCGGACGCAGUACCAGCUGGGCGACGAGGCAGGCUGCUACUCCCCUCCCAAGACCUACGAGCUGGCACUGGGCGAGAGUCUGCAAGUCCAGGACUUCAAGGACUGGACUUACGAUAACGAGAUUUACAAGGGCUCUCUGGUGGUCUCCCAUAACAACAUCGGCUAAGGAGGGGACAAUGGGACAGCCCAAUAGGUGUUUUGAGGGAAAAUGGCAAAGCAGUUUAUUUGUAGAAGAAUGAAGUCUGUAUUUUUUUUGGUCUUGAUGUAAUUAAUGGCUUUUGGUUGAAGCGAGAAUAUUAAAUGCUAUGAUCUGAGAGGUUA